AGCGAGUGAGUCUUCCUUUCUUUCUUUUUUUUUUUCCCCUUCCAUUGAACAUGUUAACUCAGAUCAGGAAGUGUGAUGCUGUGACAUUAGAGAAGGAAGCGGGCACACAAUGGCAUUAUGUCUGCUUCUUGGCCUGGUAGCAUGAGAGGCCCCCCGGUGAAGACCCCACUUCUUCUUCUGCUGCUGCUGCCGCUGCUGCUGAGCACUUUGACUAGGACAGUGUUAUGCCAAGAUGAAGAUCAAGAAGCCGGGACAGAAGAGAAGAUAGAGGGCACUAAUGAUGAUACAGGAACUUUGGAACCAACGGCAGCUGAUCCUGAUGCAACCUCAGCACUGGACUCCACAGAUGAGGGUGUUUCAGUUGAAAAUACCAUAGUCGAAGAAAAUGGCUCAGGGCAGAGCCGCUCCUUUCCUGACGCUGACAUUUCAGAAGCAGUAAAGAAUCUAAACUUCACAGAUCUGAACUCCACGCAGGAGGAGGGGGAGGACGAGGUAGAGGAGGAGGAGGAGGAGGGUUUGAGUCCUGUCAUCAUCCUGAUUCCUGUUGUGCUGGUGGUGCUUAUCAUCAGCAUGAUAGUUUGUGGUAUUUUCCUCAACCGCAGGUGGAAAAGACAAGGAAUAAAUGAAGAGCUCAGAAAAGAGGAUCCGUAUUUGGAUGGGUCCAGUACUGAGAAGGUGCCAAUGCCUAUGUUUGAAGAAGAUGUGCCCUCCGUACUGGAGCUAGAAAUGGAAGAGUUGGACCAGUGGAUGAAAAAGGAUGGUGAAACUGCAGAGGAAUCUAAACAGGCAUGAAUCUCUUUAUGGUUAACAAAGGACGCCCUGUCAGUACGCAAGGACACGCCGUUAACUCUGCAUCGUUGCCAACUUGGAUAUUCUGACCUUUCUGCAGCAACAUUUGUGACCACAGGAAACGGUCGGACUGCCAGGAAACCAUAUCACAACAUUUAAAGGAUGCUUUAACAUUUCAUUUUCAGUUUUCCAGUCAAAUAAUCUAUUUUGUUGCAGUAUGCCGCAAUUGGCGCCUCUUUUGUUAUGAAAGAGAACAGCAUUUCUGUCAGACUUUGCCUGUUUGAUUGUUUUGUUGACCUGUUAAGCAGUGAUCAGUUAUGUCAUGUUAAAAACACAGCAUUAACUGUCUCAGAUCAACUGCAACAAAACACGAUGAACUGCAGCUACCAAACGCUCCCUUUUCUGCAAAUUCAUACUGUUAAAGAGUAUGUGGCCAUCUGAAAGCGCGUCAUGGAUAGGACUGUUCAUAGUUUCUUCAGCUCGAAGCCUCUUUUUUCUUCUUUUUUUCUUUAUUUGCAUUACACACUAUGUGACACCCUCCAGCUGCAGGUUUUGAUGGGGAACCAUCCUGUUGAAGACCGUGUAUAGGCAUGCGUGACAGUCGUGGACCACUCCUUUUCAUGCCUGUGCAAAGCUGGUUAGGAUUUAUGGCAAAGAAAGUGUUUUAUUCAGAAACUGAAAUCUCCAAGUAUGAAAUCUGUUGGAUUCCAUUUCUGUGCCUUUUGAUGAACGAUGGCCUAUUUCUGAGAGCUUUUUAAAAGCUGCUACUGAUAAGAUUUUCAUCUCACCAUAGAUAAUGACUGUGACUGAAUGCUUUGUGUCUGUAGGUGCUGUUUGAGUGUUUUGUUUCCAGUUAUGGCUUAUGAGUACUGAAUCUAAACAGUCAUCACACUGAGCUAAACGUGCCACUUUGUAAACGUGCCAGUCAGUAUUUUGCUGUAUCUUGCAUUGUAAAUACGAGAAAACAAUAUAUCAAAAAAUGUUCUUUUCAAGGAAUGCCUGUUGUAAAUAUUUCAUAUAAGGCUGUAGUAUUGUUGUUAUGGUGAAGCUUUGAAUAAAAGUUUAGUAAAUAAAAUCUCUUAAUAAAAUGAUGAUGCCUGGAAAUGA